AUGAAACGGGCAAAGGGCGUUAAGAAGUCCGUGAUACAGAAGCAGCUAUCUGGGAAUGACUAUAAGAGAAUAAUCGAAGGAGGUGGGAGGGUAUUGAGAAAUAUGCAUACUUUUAAAAGCAAACUACAUUAUGUAUACACCGAGGUGAAAAAUAAGGUUGCUCUAGCACAUCAUGAUGCUAAAAGGUUCAUUAUUCCUAACACCACAAAAACUUUAUCUUGGGGACACUCUGACAUUGAGUUUUACCAGACUGACCCCUCGUUGAAUGUUAAAUAUGCUAUAGGUGCAAUCAAUGAUAUUGCAGAAGACACUUUUCCUGAAAAUGGUAAUUUAGACUUAUUAAUAAAAUUAAUGUUAGAGGAAGUUUGUAAGUAUUGGAUUUAG